UCUCAUUUGAAGUGCAAUAAUAACACUUCGUGUAGCAAAUACCCGGCUGCAGAUAACAGUCUCACGCCGCCUACGCUUCUACAAUCAUAAAGAAGCACUGGAGCGUGAUGAAGAGCGGGCAGUACCGUCCUGUUGAAUGCUGUGACGCAUCAUCAAUGUGACAGCUCAAGCCCUGUAUGAACUAAAUGUUUUCCAACAAUGCUACCCGAUGUAAACGGUGAGAUUCCUGAUGAUGAUAUUUAAAGCUGACCUGGCUCUAUCAUGGAGUUGGCGGAGAAGGUGCCCACACUAUCGUACAUCCUCCAGGUAUCGCGAUCGCCAUGGGUUCAAAAGGCGUUAGGUUGGACACUGCUGUUAUAGUGUCAACAAUGCUGGAAGGCAUUUUAUACGGCUUUUCAGUCCUGCUGUUUAUAGGCACCAUCUGGGCAGUAGUCUACAAACAUCGCGGCAAUCGCCCGAUUGCUGUAGUGGCCUUCCUGCUGUUCAUACUGAGUACCACGCACAUAGUCGUAGCAAUCACUCGUAUGGAACGUGGACUAGUGGAGUAUCGUGACUCAUUCCCAGGCGGGCCAGUGGCGUACCUUGCAGACGUCUCUCAAACAAUGUAUGUGAUCAAGUGUGCAUUAUAUGUCUUGCAAACUCUACUUGGUGAUGGGGCGGUGAUUUAUCGCUGUUACGUCGUUUGGCAAUCAGUCUGGGUUAUCAUCCUACCAAGCAUGCUGUGGUGCAGUAGCGCAGUGACUGCCUUUUAUUCGGUCUACAACUUUUCGCAAGGGAGCAGGAUCCGCCAUGCUGGAAGCUUCGACAAAGCAACUGAACAAUUGAACACGGCGUUUCUCGCCUCGACACUUUCAACUCAUUUGAUUUGUUCAGGGUUACUAGUCUUUCGCAUCUGGAUGAUUGAACGCAAUGGCUCUACAAUCCGUAAUCCAAAGAGCACUACAAUGCCUAUAUUGCGCGCGCUUGUGGACGAUGCUUUGUAUUCAGUGGCGCUUAUGUCCAUAAUAAUGUUUUUCGUCUUCUGGAACAAGUCGAAUGCACAGCACAUUAUACUAGACAUGGUCAUGCCACUCAUCUCAAUUUGCUUUUAUAUGGUGCUUAUUCGCAUCGCAAUCAGUAGAAAAACUCACUGUUACCUCCCGACUGUCCAUGGAGGGACAGCCAAUGAGACGGAACGAAUGUCGCGGCAACAUCCGAUGAAGCCCUUGCAGGUCCAUAUAUCCCAAUUUACGUACAGUGACGGUGCCUCGACAUACGAGACAGGGAAUAAGGACCGACCAGGGACAUGCAAGGUGGAGUGUGUGGAAGGGGCAUCUUGUGACGUGUAA